AUGGACGAUUCACCUUGCUUCGCCUUUGGUCACUUCUCCUCCGGCGACGUCAGGCCUUCCUCGUUACAAAUCGACCAACGAUAUCGUGGUGAAGCUUGGCUUCCAAGCUGUGACCUUACGCUGAGGAUUAAUCGAUGCUGGUGGUUUGGUCGCACGCCUUCUUCACUGUGGGAUAGAGAUCAUCUCCCAUUGUUUAUGCUAAGAGUUGUUACUUUGUGGUAUCGGCCUCCUGAGCUUUUAUUAGGUGCUACUGAUUAUGGAGUAGAUGUUGAUUUGUGGAGUGCUGGUUGCAUCCUUGCUGAACUUUUUGCUGGCAAGUCUAUAAUGCCUGGAAGAAUAGAGCUGGAGCAACUACACAAAAUUUUUAAACUUUGUGGUUCACCAUCUGAAGAGUACUUGAGAAAAUCAAUGUUGCCUCAUGCCACUAUUUUUAAACCACAACAGCCUUACAAAUGGUGUGUGUGUGAGACACUCAAGGAUUUCCCUCCAUCCGCUUUAAUGCUUUUGGAUUCUCUCCUUGCAGUUGAACCUCAUAACCGAGGAUCUUCUUUUUCUGCACUACAUAAUGAGGCUAGGGUUCGACGUGCUACUGUUGUGAGUUUGGAUGCGGACCCCUGUUUCAAAAGAAUUUCAUUCGUAUAA